CUGCCAGUAAUUCUGUCAGCUGAUCGGAGAGAAAAAUGAAAGCUGGUGUUCCGUGUUGAUUUCGUUUCACAGUUUAUUUGUUUGUGUUUUUUUCCCCUCUCUCCUCAGAGCAAAGCAAAUGUCAUAUUUUUUUUGUGGGGAGGAGGGGGCUUUUUCGAAUAUGACCGUCCACAUUUUUGCUUUUUAAAGACAGCGCAGGGUACGUAUUUUGUUAGCGGAGGGAAAUCCGCGUCUUACUGGCACGCAGCAAASCCGUGACGCAAUCCACGCUCCGCUGCUGCAACACAAUAAAAUAUGAAUCGCCAGUGCGCCGACGGUCCGACCGCUCCGUAAGAAUCAUUCAAGGAAGGUGAGGAGGAGGGGGGUGUGGCGCCAACCAAACCCACCCGUUUACCAAAACAAUACACGCCCCAUGGCCCUUGAAUGUGGAGCGUUUAAUAAAGCCGGAACCAGGAGCCAGGUGUGAUCAGCCAACCUUCAGCAGCCCAGCGCCCUCCGUCUCCGUCUCCUCUCCUCUGCAGGCUGCAGGGAGGAGAAGAAGGCGCUCCGAGCGGGGGAAUCUCAUCGCAUUACGCAGAUUCGGAUCCUCGAGGCUGAGCAACGCGGCAGACUGAGGAUGGGGAUGCGAUAAGUGGAAGGCUCAUUCCCACUCUGAUCUGUGGCCAGGCUGUCGGUGCAGAUUGUGUCUCUCAAGAGGAGAGUGAAUGCCUCUAAAACGCCAAGGCUGUAAGCCCUGUGGAGGGUGAUGAUGAGCAGCCAGGGYAACAACAGAAAGGGAAGUGGCCAGCACGCUGACACUCCUCCUCUACGUCAUGCACCAGGACCCAAAUUACAGGUGCAGCGCUCCCACUCUCGUGACACUAUCACCAUCCACUUCUCCGCUCUGGGAAAGGAGGAGGAGGAUGAGGAAGAGGAACUCUAUGGGUUAUCUGUUGAAUGUGCUGCUGCUAAAACUGUUCUCGAUGGUGCUGCAGGACCCCAAAGCCAAAGCACAGGGACUGAUGGCCAAUCUGUUGCCAAAGGCUUGGAGGCAAAAGAGGAGCUAGGGCUGGAGUCCGCUGAUGCGGAGACCUUCUCUGGAUCUCUAAUGCCCGUUUCAGCUGCCAUCCUUCCUCCGCAGCCAUUGGACUUGCAUCCACACACGCCGUCUCUUGCAAUGACUGUUAACCCUGUUUYAACUCACUCCCACCUGAGCUCCACUUCUCCUGCCAGCUCCUCCUGGGCAUCCGAUCGACCAGCCCAACCCCCUUUGAUUAGUUCCACUUCUUCUUCCCCUUGUAAGUCUACAGCCCUUUCCUCUUCCAAGCCUUUUCUCAGCCUUGUUAGAUCUUUGUCAAAUGAUGUCGACUCUCGAGAAACUGCUCCUGUAAUUGCUACUGUCGUACCCCCACAUGCCAGACACAGACACUUAAUGAAAUCUUUUGUUAAGUCCCUCUCCACGGACACUUCAAAGGGCGAACAUCACGAAGGGCCUCUUCAGCACCAUUCUCACCACCAGCAAACGCAGCCAACCCACCGCACUCCGCCUCGCAACAUGCAGCUUUUCAAGCAGUUCUCCCAGCCUCGUUUGUCUUCCUGUCCUGUCGCGGUCACACAAGCAGGCGGAGACUCCAAAACGGCACCUUCUUCGCCUAUUAUGUCCCCAGAUGGGAGAUCUUUUUUUAAGGUCCAGGAGGUCGAGGCCAGGAUAGAAGACACCAAGAGGCGGUUGUCAGAGGUGAUGUCAGAUCCCUUGCAGCUUUUUAGUAAAAUUAUUGGGGAUGAGUCCAGUGUGGGGCCURCUGGGAGUGCAGCUCAUCGGGCCAAGUCGCUCUCCUCCAGUGCGUCGGAGCUCAGUGGUGUCACUGCGGUAAACGGACAUACAGAAGCUAACAACAACUAUAGCAUCAAAGAAGAGGGGGCCGAAGGGGAAGAAGRGGAGGAGACUCCUACGGAAAAGGGCCCMGAGUCGUCUUUUUUCUCUUUCCCAUCACUGUCUCUUGCACCAGCUCUCACCCAGGCCUCGUCAUCUACUCUCCACAGGUCUCCAUCUCUCACUCUGGGACGCUGCUCCAUGUCAGCUCUGGUCGCUCGACAGGAAGAUGAGGACUUCUGUGAACUGUACAGCGAGGAUUUCGAGCUGUGUACAGAUACAGAGACACCAGAUGGUGAACGAUCCAUGUCUCAGCAGCCUCAUACUGGUAGCACUGGUUUGGGUAGUGAACUGGAUGCAGAAGAUGAAGGGCUGGUGGAUGAAAUGGAGAAUGUGCCUGUGACUGGCCUCAUCUUCUUAACACAGUUGUUGUAUUUGUACUUAGUCCUUCCAGUGCCUCCAUGUGUAUGUUCUGUGUUACAUGGGAUAGUAGCUGGGUUCAUGCUGGCCCUGCUGGUCCUUUGGCUGUCUGCUCCUCGAUGCUCCUCAUCAGGGACCAGAACAAGGAGAUGGAGGAAAGACCAGCGAAAUGUUCUGAAUGUGAAAGAACCAGGAAUAUUCAAGGGCUGGAUGAAUGAGAUCCAGAGCUACGACCCAGAGAUGUACCACGCCACCUUGACCCACUCUGUUUACGUCCGCUUGGAGGGUUCUGUUCUGCGUCUUUCCAAGCCCAACAGGAACAUCUCCCGCCGUGCCGCACACAACGAGCCUAAACCUGACGUCACCUACAUUAGUCAGAAGAUCUACGAUCUGACCGACAGCAGGAUCUACCUGAUGCCCCAGAGUUUGGCUAGGAAGAGGGUUUGGAACAAGAAGUAUCCCAUUUGCAUUGAACUGGCCAAACAGGAGGACUUUAUGUCAAAAGCAGAGGGAGAAAGAUCUGAAGCUGGGGACGAGAGAACCACUGGACUGUGUGAGAAGCUCGAACGAACGGACAAAGCUGAAAAAGCAGAAGUUUGCACUUCAGCRGAGGAGCAGAGAAGGCCGACCGCUGGAGGAGGGGAUCUGACAAUCUACUUGUUUGGGAGGACCGGUCGGGAAAAGGAGGAAUGGUUUCAGAGGUUUCUUCAGGCAUCCCACAUGAAGUCGGAGGGGAGAGGUGGCAGCCUGUCUGGCAUCUGCAAGAGUGCCUUCUUGUCCGCUCACAGCCGCAGUGGCAGCAUCCAGUCGGGCGGAGGCCCGGAGGCUGACAGCAGGGGCAGCAGCAGGGGAAGCCAGGAGGAGCUGUCUCAGCCUCGGCACAGAGAGACCCCCGCCUCUCUCUCCGGUGGCUCAGCUGGGGGGAUGAAGCAGAAGAUGCUGUUGGACUAUAACAUCUACAUGGCCAAAUACGUUAACCCCCAGGCGCCGCCCGGAAGCCCGACAGCUGCCGACAGCCCCGGGCACACCCCUGAGAGCAGCCCUAAAGCUACCAAAAAGUUACCCAGGAGUUCAGAGGAGGCUGCAGAGCCAGAGGCCUGGGUCAACGCCUUUCUGGGGAGGAUAUUCUGGGACUUCCUGCGAGAGAAGUACUGGGCCGAUGUUGUCUCCAAAAAGAUCCAAAUGAAGCUCAGUAAAAUCAGACUGCCAUAUGUAAUGAAUGAGCUGACUUUGACGGAGCUGGAUAUGGGAUUCUCAGUUCCUAAGAUCCUCCGUGCCUCCAAACCCUCAGUGGACCACCAAGGACUUUGGUUUGAUCUGGAAGUCUCCUAUACAGGCUCCUUCCUCAUGACACUAGAAACCAAGCUGAACCUGGCCCGCCUGGGGAAAGAAGGCGAAGGACUUGGGGAUCAUGGCAAAGAAUGGUCCAGGCCACGGACGUACUGUCUGGCCGACAGCGAUGAGGAGUCAUCCAGUGCUGGCUCAUCAGAUGAGGAGGAUCCCCCUGAACUGCUCAGUGACAAACCCAGUCUGCCUGCAUCAGAGGGCUACGUAGGAGGCCACAGACCCAGCAAGAUCAUGCGCUUUGUGGACAAGAUAGCAAAGUCCAAGUACUUCCAAAAGGCAACCGAGACCGAGUUUAUCAAGAAGAAGAUGGAGGAGGUGUCUAACACACCCCUCUUGCUCACUGUGGAGGUGCAAGAGUGCAGGGGGACGCUUGCUGUCAACAUCCCACCUCCCCCUACGGACAGGAUAUGGUACGGUUUUCGGAGUCCUCCCCAUCUGGAGCUGAAAGCGCGACCCAAACUGGGCGAGAGAGAAGUCACUCUGGUUCAUGUGACGGAGUGGAUCGAGAAGAAGUUGGAUCAGGAGUUCCAGAAAAUAUUUGUGAUGCCAAACAUGGAUGACAUUUGGCUACCCAUAAUGCACUCUGCCAUGGAUAUGCGCUCAAAUGCCAACUUGACUGUGACAAACGAUGACUUGAAGGAUCCAGAGCCGGAAGAGUCUGAGCUCUCUGAUGUGUGAGAGGUGUUCAAAUGUGGGGCAGCAGGCAUUUUAUGACACGAUGAUACAGGACGCCCAAAACAUCUUUUGGGAACUAAAGGUGCAGCUGCAGCCCUGGCCAGCGCUACGGUUAUUUUCUUUGUUUUUCAAUGCUACUGUUUCAAUAGAUGGGUAACAGUAAAAAAAAAAAUCAUCCAAAAAAACUGAAAAGCAGGAUGAUGAGUUCUCUUAUUUUUAAAUGAAAGCUGGAGAAUAGAAGGAGAAUGUGACACUGUUACCAUCUGACUACACUUCUUUGGUCUAUUUAUCUGACAUUCUGUAUUUGUUCAGUUUGAUGAAGCAGGGUUCAUGGGUCAAGCUAAAAUACAGCAACCUCCACAAUUACUGGAAUGUCAAGUAAACUGAGCAAAAACCUCACAAUAAUGCCAUUUAUCUAUUACCACAGUUACAUAAUACCAUGCUGAAAACCUCCAGAAAAAUCCAACCCUUAAUUUGAACGCAUUUAUUGGACAAGGCAAAAAAAAUGAAUAAAAAAAAAUCUAAAUAAUUGGUGCUACAAUUUUUGACACUUCCUUUAAAAAAAGUAACUGACAUUCUUUUUUUCACCUUACAUUUUACUUUUAAAGGUUGAUCACCAUUUAGAAACAUUUGGUAAGUAUGACGAGACUUCUGUUUUCUCUGUAAUACAUAAAAAAGAAUAUAUAUUUGAAGUGCUUUUCAAAAUGGGAAAGACAAGAAAGCAUCUCAUUAACGUAUGUGACAGGAAUGUGUUUCUCUGCAUAACUAAAGACAUGCAAUUCUGCUUAAUUUGUCAGUAUCUACAAUGAGGGCAAUAUUUAAAUUUUUGAGACAACAGUAAGUGUGACAGAUGAGAAUGGAUGAUGAUGAUCUUCCAUUUCUUGCCACAGCACAGUGAGUAGGAUUGGAAGGGAGGGAAAGAAAAUGUCUUAUGAUGUACCAACUCCCUUCAACCAGGGCAACAAAUUAUGACAUUUUGGGAUUACAAAGACUUUGUACCAACCAGUAGACCCCACGCAGAUGUCAACAACCAGUUGUUUCAAGGACUGCAGGGCAGAAGCUUUUUCUGUCCUGUCAUAGUAUACAUAGUUAUGUAUACUUAUAUAGCACAUAUGUGGAGUUAUGUGCUAGGUCUAAUAAGAUUUUAUUUUAUUUUUUGCAAACACUUCAUGAGGGUUUUGCAUGACACAAAAUAUGAAUAUCUUAAAAUGCAUUUCAUGCCCACUCUUAUGCAAGAGUGGAUAUGUGACACUGUGGGUCUGUUUCCCUUCUACUGGAAAUGCUAAGAGAUUUUCUAUAGAAAUCUGGACUGCCCUGCCAGAAAACUAAAAAUGGACGGUAAAGUUAUAGGUGAAGAUCAAGGUUGUGCAAAUUGUUAAUGGAAGAAAAGUAAAGAAGUGUUGCCCCCACAUCCCAAACAAUGUACCCAAAUUAAAAAAAAAAAUUUCCCAGAGAGAUGUUCUACUGCAAUAAAAGGUGCAAUUCUUUUUACAUCCUUACCAGUAAGUGUGGAGGAUACUGUAACACAAAAAAGCCAUCCUGAGUCAGAAAGAGGAACCAUAUAACCUGUGAUGUGUAGCUGUACCUAACAUGAUUGUUGGACAGUGUUAACUUUUUCUGUGAAGUUGCUAAAUGAUGAGUGUCUUAUUGUUACUAUUAUGAGGAUUAGCUAGAACUGUGGCCACUGAUGAAGACAAAGGGUAAUUUUUUUUUUAAAUCCCCAUUUGAGGAGUUUGCUUAGACCCAAUCACCUAUCAAGCAUACAGUGGAUUGCAAAGGUGUAAGAUUUUGCAAUACAAAAAAUAUUCCACCUUUUAUGCAACGUUUAUCUUGUACAAUUCAGCUGAAAUUCAUUCAAAUCUUUUGAAUGAUUUUCAAAAGAGRUAAAAAAGGUGCUAAAACCUGGUUGCAAAAGUGUUCAACCCAGUACUAGUUGUGUCCUCCCUAUGAACUUAAAAAUUCUCCAUAAACCUUUGUAGGUGAACGUGUUGUGAUCUGGUGAAACCUGAAUUUUGAAUUUAGGGCCUUGAUUUCAAGGUGUUUGUUGGCACAAACAACAAGCCAUAUAAACUAAUUAACCAGUAAUAUGCACUGGAGCUACUUUUUCUUCAGAUAAAAUUGCAUUAGCUGUCUGGUUGGUUUCCCAUACCAUAAAUCAAGUUGCAUAAAAAAGGUAUUAGUUUCAGGGUCUGCACACUUUUACAACCAAGUAAUUGCACUGUUUUUAAAUGGCUAAUUUUGCCCCAGAGUCAUUAGUUUGUUUCAGUGAAAUUGCACAUAAUAUCACGUUGAAGGAAAAAGUUUGGAGACGAUUCCCUUUUUUAUUUUUUUAACAUCACAAACCCCAACAGGGGUAUGAACAUUCUUAGAUCCACUGCACUUUUCAUACCAUUCUUUUAUCAGUAAACCACAUUGCUGCCUGGUGCAAAUAUGCAAACUAAUCCAGGGUUUAUAAAUGGGUUUAUAAAUGGUUCUAUAGUAGACAGGUGGUCCAUUAAAAUCCAUCAUGGCAACUAUGCUGUCAUACAGCAUGUGUGCGUUGUACUGUGGGACAGACAUUCGAGCUAAAAUGGGCUGGUUGUAGGAAAUGAGGCAAACAAAAUGGCUCAACCUCUGUUGAUAUCUUGAAUGUAUAAAUAAAAGGAACUCCUCAGCUCUCCCAGGAAACACUUUCUCUAAAAACGUGUUUCUGAGCAACAUGUUUAAAGCUACAUCCAGAGUUGACUAAAAGUAAUAAUUUUCUACUUCUAUUGCCUAAGGGAAUAUAGAAGGUGUGAAAUAAAGCAAUCUGUUAACAACUUUCUGCUUUCGUUGAGGUGACGCACAUAUAGUGUUUCAACAACUGCAAUUGAAAAUGAGGAUGAAUCGCAGAGUGAGACUCUUUCUGUACAGCAGAAAACGGAAACCUCAAGCAGCACCACAGAGCUGGAAGUUUUAGGUGUAAUAAAUCUAGUUUUAUUGAAAUAAACAGCAUUCUGGAUUAUCAGCCAUAUUAUUUAGUGUCGUCUGUGGUCAUACAGCUAAAGAAUGCAGUUUUGUUUUCAUUUAUUUGCUGUUGUUAUUUGUCCUUAAAGAGCAGCGCCACCAAUAAUCUGGGAACCCCUGGAACUUUUCCUGUCUGCUUCAGAGGUGACUUUAUGUAUUUUUAUGUUCAAAUAGGUGUGUGUUGGCUAGCAUAUGAGGCAGAAAGUGCCUUUGAGAUAAAUCAAACAUUCCUUCAUAGUGAGCCACCUCAUUUCUCUCAUCAGUUGAUGAACUGUUCUUGUGCCAUCAGUCUGUUAAGACAUGCCUUUUGUUUUUCACCUUUCUUUGCGGUUCAUUUGCACAUUGACCAAGAUAUCAGGCUAUUCUGUUCUGUGAUAUUGCAGAAAUGUUACUGUUCUGUUUAUUGUGGAUCAAUAAAAACAAUUUAUUUGGA